AUGUCCGACUUCACCACAGAGGCGUUCACGCUUCUAGGCGUAGCGAUUGGCGUCAUUUUCCUAAGAACGUAUGCACGAAUUAGUGCCGUCGGCAUCAAACAUCUGCAGGCGGAUGACUACCUUAUGCUUCUCGUCGCAUGUACAUACUCUGCCGAAACUGCCCUUGCGUACAGCGUCGGAGCGUACUGGCGCGGACUUGCCAACAAUGGCAUGACAGACGAGGAAAGAAGGAAUCUUGACCCUAGCAGUGAGGAGUACAUGAUAAGGGUCAAUGGAUCGAAGACACAGAUCGCGGGAUGGAUCACGUACAGUUGCUUGGUUCUUUGGCCGGCGAAGGCUGCGAUGUGCACGUUCUACUUACGACUGACGGAAGGGCUCCAUAACUACCACAAGCGCAUCUACGCUGGGUUCAUCCUGAUUGUGGUCACCUGGCUGGCGGUGUUCUUGUCGAUCAUCUUCAGUUGUUAUCCCAUCCACAAGAAUUGGCAGAUAAACCCCGACCCCGGGAACUUUUGCCAACCGGCUAUUUCCAAAAUAAACAUCCUUGUGACCGUGGUCCUCAACGUCCUAACCGACCUCUACCUCCUGAGCAUACCGAUUCCCAUGUUGUGGACCUCGAAGCUACCCAUGAGAAAGAAGCUGGGCCUCAUCGUCCUAUUCUCUGGAGGAAUAUUCGUAACGAUGGCGGGUAUUCUGCGUUGCGUUCUUAUCAUCAAGGACCCCGUCGGAGGCGCCCAACAAGCAGGAUCAUGGGCUGUCCGUGAGACAUUCGUCGCAGUCGUCACGACAAAUGUUCCGAUGAUCUUUCCCCUACUCCGAAAAUGGCUCAGCCCCGUCUUCGGCACCAUAUCGAGCACUCUCUCCCGCACCGGGACCCGAAACCGAUACGGCAACACGAAGCGGUCCGACCUACCGCAGCCCGGAAGUAUCAAGCUCGACGACGUUGCCGACAGCAGAAACCGCAAGAAGGGGCGACCGCCGUUUAGCCAGUAUCCGAUCACCGAGUUCACGGUGUCGGGCAGCGAGGAGCAUCUCAACUCACCGCAAGCCAUGCCGCCGAUGCCCAUGUCUGGGGGCAUUAGCAAGAAUGUGGAAAUCACGAUCGAGGAGUCGAAGAGAGACAGUAGGAGACAACGAGGGGAUGGAUCAGAGAGCAGCCUCGAGAGGGGCGAGGCAUACUAUACUGUUGAUGUUAAUGGUUCAGGAGAAGGUGGAAACGGAAUGCCGAGAACUAAAAGCCACCGAGAGAGUUUGAGGGGGGCAUUUAAUGCAGGAGGAAACAAGAAGAAUGGGGACUACUUUUAG